AUGCCUCGGACAAGCAAAAUGGAAGACUGGUACCACACAUUUUUGACAGCACUCCGUAUCUUGAGGAACAAAGUGCCAUAUCAUCUGCAACAUGCUGUUGAGAAAACCAUUGAAGCUCUUCCAACCACUUACCAGAUGGCAUCAAGCCAGGUCAAUCAGGGUGGGGGCUCAAGAUCUUUCCUUGGACAUUGCUUAGAGCCUGUUGUGUUGAACUUGGUUUUCCCGUUGGUCCGUCAGAUCAUCAACAAAACCCUUGAGCUUGCCAAGUAUUGGAAUUAUUUCUUCCAUAUAUGUGGAAUAAACCUGAAGCUUGCAACAAUGAACAUUCACGGGCGUGAUGACAACAACCCCCUCAAGUAUGCGCUACAAAGCUAUAGCUUCAUUGACUGGUUUGCUCAGAAUCCGCAUGACAUUGUGGUUGACAUUGGCUGGACUGCAAAUGUUCAUUGGCCAUCCUUGCCAGAAGAGCUCAAGAGGAGCACAAUGCUGUUUCGUUAUGCACCAAUGCGGGAGCUUUUGCGUCCUGGCUACAAGACACCGCAUUUUGACAGGUACUGCUCCUCCUUUGCGGUUGGUGGUGGACGUGCUCUUCCUAGGGCGGAUGUCAGGAGAGACUCCGGGGUUGCCAAGGUUCAGUUCUACCCCAAAGAUAUGGUAUUGACCUACCGUCAUCGCAACAAAUCCGUUGGCGCAAACUUCACAGCUGCUGAGGCUCUGAACAUGGGAAACCGCAGUAAAUUUUCUGCAGCAAUGAAAGCCUUUCAGGACGUAAUGCUUGAAGCUGAUAGCUAUGGUCUGCAAUUUGAGGUCCGCAUGUCUGCCUGGGGAGCCAACCACUUCAUGAAGAAAGACCCUAGGGAUGUUUUGGAUUGCAUGCUUGCAGCAGAUGCUAUUGUUUGUUAUCCAACGGAGAGUCUGGCACGCUUCAAAGUAAUGCUAAGCAGAGGCUGGUCUUCAAUCAUCCAACGACAGUCUCAACUAUCCGCAGUUUCCCGGGGCUCACCUGAAGUUGUGCUACUUACUUCAGUUCUGGCCUACUGGUUGAAGAGCUUGGUCAAGCGUCCCGAUGAGCAAAGUGCAACCAAGCAAAUGGUUGAAGAUUUGCAACUUACUGAGGCUGCAAGGAGUUGA